GAACGACUUCGCCCAGAUUGCAGCUAUUGUAGCGUAAGCAGAAGGAGAUCCACCGAGCCAAGAAUGUAGCACCUCGCCAAGCUGGCGGACGGUGCUAGCGGCUGGGCCGGUGACAUCGGUUGAACUCUAACGAGUCCUCAUUAAACCCAGGAACUGGUCUAGAAAAUUGCACUGAAGCCUCUCCAUUGAUGAGUGCCCUUGCAUGCAAUGCUACAGGCUCCGGAAGAAAGACCCUCUCCCAUCGCUGUAACAUGCAUCAUGGCAUAGCGUCGUUGGGCGCAGUCCUUUGGGAGCACUUGCGGCCUAAAACUCUGCCAGAGGCCGAGGCCACUUGGCAAUUCUCUCCACCCUGCACGAGCCCGCCUUCUGCAUAUCUCUCCCAUGGCCUCCAGCCUCCCAUGGCAUCGCCUUCUCCUUGUGGCCUCCCUGAGGCCGCUGUGCUCGGCAAGAUUCAGAGCUUGAAGCCCGAGUUGAUGAUUUGCGCGGGCUUGAACCUGUCCGACUGCAUCUCCGUGGGCCGUGUUUUGAGCAUUCCAGUCAUCUACUUGAGCCUGCAAGUCAUGAUUCCAAGCAAUUAUUUGCCGGCAUUGGGGGUCAUUCCCAAAUUGCCCAGCUUUUUGAACAUGAAUUGGUACGCCUGGAAAUUGGUCUUCGACCUGGUUUUGAAAGCCAAGCGCAAGAACUCCCUUCCCGUCAUGGCCAAACAGUUGGGGACCACGGCAGCUGAGAUGGUGGUCUCCUGGGAAGAGUUCUGUGAGCACUGCUGCUGCACACCAGACUUCCCAGUGUUCUUCGCUGUGAGCAAUCAAUUGCACCCCUUCCCACCGGAUUUUUCUCCGAUGUGCCGCUCCUUGGGACCCUUGGCCUUUCAGCCGGAGGAACAAGUGGGUAGCGACUUCGGCUCCACAGAGGAGUGCACACGCUUGGAGGACUUCCUGAAGACUUGCCGGCAAGCAGGGGAGGAGCCCGUCUACGUGGGCUAUGGUUCCAUGAUCUUUGAGAGUGGAAAGUAUAUGACCCUCCUAAGCUUGCGCGCGCUGCGCUUAGCCAACAAGAGGGGUGUGCUUUUGGGUGGCUGGGCGGCGUGUUCCGCGGACGAUGUGGAAAAUGAGCCUGACACAGAGGAGCUCAAAGCCUUUUGCAAGGAGAAGGUGCUCUUCAUGGAUUCAGCGCCCCACGGUCGCCUCUUCCCACACUGCCAAGUCAUCGUCCACCAUGGGGGUGCUGGGACCUUGUACGCGGCCGCCAUGAGCGGAAAGCCCAUGGUGGUGGUGCCCGUGCUGAUGGAUCAGUUUGUGCAUUCCGAGCUGGUGAACCAGAAGCAGAUCGGUGUAGGGCUGAAAUCGAUGAAGUCCACCACUCCCAAUGACCUGGCGGCAGCCAUCAGCUUGUGCUCGAGCUCCAGUGAGAUCCAACAGAAGGCCAAAGCCUUGGCUGAAGAACUGGCCAAGGAGGAUGGGGCCAAAAGACUUGUCGAGGAGGUGAACGGCUUCUUCCGGGACUUCAUUGACACGGGCUGCUACGUCCAAAAGAAAAACGAGUUGAACACACGGCGUUCCACGAUGGGCUGGUUGAAAUCGUUGGCCAAUCUGUGCAGCUUUUGCUGAGAAGAAGAACAAACCGAGUUUAGGCGCCGUCCACUUCACCGAGCGCCUUCUUUGCUCUGGGGCCGGCAGGUUUGUCCUGACGGGCCGGAGGACAUAGGGCUGGCUUGACGUGAAAUCAAACCGAUAUCGCCUGUUUUACUUUUCACGACUUUUCAUCUAAUGAUGAUGUGCUUUUCCACGAACAUUCAUCCGUAGCAUGCGUUCUGAAGGAUGAGAAAAGGCA